AUGUGUUCUGAUGUUUCAGAUGUUCCUGCUGACGUAUUUCUUCGGCUUUUCGGAGAACAUUUCUUUAUUUUCUGUAAGCAAGCGGGCUACGACACCAUGCUGAGGACACUGGGAGGAAAUCUAAUGGAAUUCAUUGGAAAUCUGGACGCUCUCCAUAGUUACCUGGCUCUGUCCUAUCAGAUGAAUACGCCGUCUUUCCGAGUGGAGAUGACACAUGAUGGGAGGAUGCUGCUUCACUACUAUUCUGACAGGAAGGGCCUGCACCAUAUUGUGCCUGGUAGCCACCAGUGCACCUUCAGUCCAUGUUACCCGCACAAGCUGUGGAUGGAAGAGAAGGCUUUCUGCAAUGCUUUUCCCUUUCACAUCGUCUUUGAUGAAGAUCUGAAGAUAAGGCAGACAGGGGUGAACAUACAAAAGUUUGUUCCAGGUCUUCAUGCCAGAGAUGCUACAUUGGACCAAUACUUCACCAUUGUACACCCACAGGUGACUUUUAAAAUUGAGAGCAUCAGGAAAUUCAUCAACAGUCAAUUUGUCUUGAAGAACUACAAAGACAAACACUCCACGCUCAAACUAAGAGGUCAGAUGUUGUGGAUGGAUUCUCUCGGCUGUAUGUUGUGCCUGUGUUCUCCGAAGCUACGAAGCCUACAGGAACUUCAAGAUGUCGGCCUUCACCUGGCUGACCUGGCCCAGCAUGACGUCACCAGAGACCUGGUUCUCCUCAACCAACGACGUCUAGCUGAGAUGGAGCUGACCAACCAGCUGGAGAGGAAAAAAGUAGGAAAGCAGCUUUUAGUUGGUGUAGUCUUUGUCCUGUCUUAG